ACAUGCACUUUCACAGGAUUUUGAAGAAUGCUUCUGCUCGCCGGUGCACUCUGAUGAUGCGAGCCUCAUGUAGUUCGUCACGGCGCCCUUUAAUGCAAGACAGCCUCCCCAAUCCUGCCUGCCUGGACAAGAUCUGCUCUAUUAGAUUGCAUUAGGUCAGUUUCUUUGGCCUAUGUUAUUGUUUUACACCAUAUUAAUCCAUUAUUUUUAACGGAGAACUAAAGACACUGACAAGUUACCAGAAAGUUCCAGAUAUCAACGAGUCAUGUCCAGAAGAAAGGUGAAGGGACUGACUCGAACAGGGCGCCAGGUGAGCGAGGACCCGGAUUUGGACAACCUGUUGUCCACACUGUCUCCAGAGGAAGUGGAAGAGCUGCAGAUAGACCUAAGUAAAGUGCCGGAUAUCAACCCAGAAGAUGAUACAGUCCUUGUCCAGGGAGAGAGCCAGACUCGGGAUCCUAAAAGAGGCAACCGAAAGGAGAGUGACUCAAAGGGGAGGCUCAGUCAAAGGGAGCAGUCACUGGAGCAGACUGAUUCAAAAGAGAGUCGGACGCAGGAGUACCUGAAGAAAACGGGCUCAAACCAGGAGGGGAAUAGUGACAGAAGAUCAAGUCUACGAAGACAAACUAGUGUGCAAAGUGAGAGCAAUGCCAGUAGGUUGGAUGAUAGAAACAACCAACGCGCUGAAAGUUUGAAGGAGGAUAGAAGUCACCUGUUAGGUAGAUCUAGACUACAAGAGAGCCACCACAGUGAAGUGAAUGAGAAGGAGAGUCUCAGUGACAAUAGACUGCAAAGAAAUAGAGAAAGUACAGGCAGCAAAGCCAAGGAUAUGAUCUCUAAGCUCCAAGAGAAGAAGGAUGACAAAGAAAAAGACAAGAGAGAGGAUUUUAGGAGACGGGAUGACAGUAAAACUAAAGAUAUCAUCUCAAAACUGAAAGAAAAAAGCGAAAAGGAUGUUGCUAAAGAUCGGGAGAGGAGAUCUGAAAACUACCGCUCUCAAGGGCUGGUUUCGAAAAUGUUGGAGAAGCAAAAUAAGAUACUGGAAAAUCAAGAAAGCAAGACAGAGGAACGUAAGACUAAAACAGAUGAGAAAAAGACAGAAGAGAGGAAGAGAAGUGAUGUCAAAUUAGAACGGCCAGUGUCAGAGAAGAGUGAUGUGGUGGUAAAACAGGCUGAGGAUUUGGUCAACCACAGUGACCAUGUAAAAGAGAAAGAUAAAAGUGCAACAGAGAAGAACACAGAGAAAGCAGAUGAGAAAAAUGGGGAUUUGAAAGGAAAGGCUAAAUCUGAAGAGGCAAAAACCAACAAAACAGAUGAGAAGAUUGUGAACUGCCUUAGUAAAGACAACCAAAAGAGUAAGAUGAAAGAGGAGGAUGAGGAUGAAGAUUCUAGUAUGUUUGAUGAACUGAUGGAGCAGGUUCGUACCAAUGACCACACCCUCAUAGAGCUCAAUGUUAACAACUCAGAAGUCAUCAAGACCAAAACACUGAUUGAGUUUGCUGAAGCUCUGAAAAACAACACUCACGUCAAGACUUUUGCGUUGGCCAACUGUCGAGCAGACGAUCAUGUGGCCUACGCCAUAGCCGGCAUGCUUAGGAACAACAAGACCAUCACAAGUCUCAAUGUGGACUCCAACCUUCUCACUGGCAAAGGUAUCUUAUCUUUAAUCCAAGCACUGCAGUACAACUCCACCCUGACUGAGCUUCGAUUCCAGAACCAACGUCAUAUCUGUGGUGGGAAAACUGAGAUGGAGAUGGUGAAGAUACUCAAAGAAAACACCACUCUGUUGAAACUGGGUUACCACUUUGAGUUGGCAGGACCCAGAAUGACCACGACUAAUAUUUUAAGUCGCAAUAUGGACCGGCAGAGACAGAAACGGUUACAAGAGCAGAAACAGGCACAGGCAAAUGGAGAGAAGAAGGAUACAUUGGAUGUUCCCAAAACAGGAAGUGGAUCUUUGAGGAAUUCACCCAAAGCUUCACCAAAACCAUCUCCUAUGCAAUCUCCAAUGCCAUCUCCAAAGCUGACUUCCAAAAGAGGAACAGUGGGAGGUUUGACGCCACCACCUCCACCACCACCCCCAGGGGGCGCACCUCCACCUCCCCCUCCACCCAUGCUAGACAUUGACUUGUUGAAAAACUCACUCACACCUGUGUCACAGAGGAAAGUGGAUGGGAAAGGCCCAGGCGGCAGUAAAAACUCAAGGGACCAACUGCUGGCUUCGAUCAGAACAAGCAAUAUUAAUCAACUUAAAAAGGUACCUGUCCCAAAGUGGCUGCAAUAAAUGACUUCUGGAAUAAAACAUAAAGAAGAGGGAGAAUACGCCUCUCACCACAGGCCAAAAACUUCAAUUUUUUCUUUUUUUUCUUUUAGACUUAUAAUGUUGAAACAUCAUAAACAGGCUGCUUUGCAUGUUCACUCUGAGAAGAUAACCAACAAAAAACUAUGAGAGUUCUUCAAUUUAAAGAUUUGCAUAGGACAAGAACUAUGCAAUAUGUGAACUAUAUGUGGCUGACUACAUAAAACGCCUGUUAUUGAACAAGUAUAAUCAGUAAUGACAAAUUACUGUUAUUGGACUUCUGCCAAUCCUCACUAUGAGUUCUCCCUUAAACACUGGACCAAAUGAUUGUGGAGAAUGAGUGAAGAAUAUAUAAUGUGUGUUUGUCAUAAUGUUUGCGCAUAUGAAUAUUUGCACUAGAAUAUAAAAUGAAUCAGAUUAUAUAAUAGUAUGUAUCUAAAUGUGGUUAAUAGUGCACUAGCUUACUACAGUAAAAUUGUGAUAUUAUCAGUGUUAUUGAUAGCAGGACUAUUUAUUUGCAGAGUCGAAAGUUAUUAAGAUUGGGAAUCAUAUAUUUGGAAUGGGAAAAUCAGGGAAUUUACCAACAUUGAAAAUUUUAGAUCAUACUGUGCAAAAUCGUCUCAAGACAUUUUAGUUGAUACUGGAGACAUUUUCAAGACAACAUGGGUUGAUAAAUCAUCAGAAAUGCAGAACACACUGGAAAAAGUAACUGGUGUGUAUCAAUCAGUAUUACUGGUGUGGUAAGGGAUACAGUCAUAAAUCCUUGGAAUUUGAAUGUAAUAUGGAAUCCUAUGUCUUAAGUCAUAGCUGUUUGUUAACUUUGAUUUUCUUUGAUUGUAAUCCCUCAUUCAUCUGGGAGUGGUCCAUAUACUAUGUCACCUAAAAAUGUGCUGAGCAGAGAAUGAUAUAUGAGAAUGAUUGUUUUAGUGU